CUGCUGGGCGGCGGCGGCUGCUGGAUCGGAGCUACCCGGCGGGAGCGGCGUAGGCGCGGGGUCAGUGGCCAGCGCCAACCGGGACAUGGAGCCGUCCGGCGGGGGCCUGGGGCCCGGCCGCGGGACCCGGGACAAGAAGAAGGGUCGGAGCCCGGAUGAGCUGCCUCCGACGGGCGGCGACGGCGGCAAAUCCAAGAAAUUUACUCUGAAGCGGCUCAUGGCAGAUGAGCUGGAGAGAUUUACUAGCAUAAGAAAGAAGGAAAAGGAUAAGUCCAAUUCUGCUCAUAGAAAUUCUUACGUGCCAUACGGAGAUGAUCCCACAGCACUGCCAUUGCCUGAUCAGUCGGAUGAGCAGAUUCUAGUUCUCUUUGAACAGAUGCUGCUGGAUAUGAAUUUGAAUGAGGAGAAACAACAGCCUUUGAGGGAGAAGGACAUUAUCAUCAAGAGGGAGAUGUUGUCCCAGUACUUCCACACCUCCCAGGCCGGCAUGAGCCAGAAGGAGAGCUCUCGGUCGGCUAUGAUGUACAUCCAGGAGCUGAGGUCGGGCUUGCGGGAUAUGCAUCUGCUCAGCUGCUUGGAGUCCCUUCGCGUCUCUCUCAACAACAACCCUGUCAGUUGGGUUCAGACGUUUGGUGCUGAGGGUCUGGCCUCUUUACUGGACAUCCUCAAACGACUUCUGGACGAGAAAGAUGAGACUUCUAGCCGGAACAAGCAUGAGAUCAUUCGCUGCUUGAAAGCUUUCAUGAACAAUAAGUUUGGAAUCAAAACUAUGUUGGAUACGGAAGAAGGAAUCCUGCUGCUGGUCAGAGCCAUGGACCCUGCUGUUCCUAACAUGAUGAUUGAUGCAGCUAAGCUGCUUUCUGCUCUUUGUAUUCUGCCACAGCCAGAAGACAUGAAUGAAAGGGUUUUGGAGGCCAUGACAGAGAGAGCUGAGCUGGAUGAGGUGGAACGUUUCCAGCCACUGCUGGAUGGGUUGAAAAGCGGGACCUCCAUUGCACUCAAGGUGGGAUGCCUCCAGCUGAUCAAUGCUCUCAUCACGCCAGCAGAAGAACUUGACUUCCGAGUUCACAUCCGAAGUGAGCUGAUGCGUUUGGGGCUGCAUCAGGUUUUACAGGACCUUCGAGAGAUUGAAAAUGAUGAUAUGCGAGUGCAGUUAGUUGUGUUUGAUGAGCACGCAGACGAAGAUUCUGAGGACCUAAAGGGACGGCUGGAUGACAUUCGCAUGGAAAUGGAUGACUCUAAUGAAGUCUUCCAGAUUCUCUUAAAUACAGUGAAGGAUUCAAAGGCAGAAUCACACUUCCUGUCGAUCUUGCAACACCUGCUUUUGGUCCGAAAUGAUUAUGAGGCCAGACCCCAGUACUAUAGGUUGAUUGAAGAAUGUAUUUCCCAGAUAGUCCUACACAAGAAUGGAGCUGAUCCGGACUUCAAGUGCCGACAUCUCCAGAUUGAUAUUGAGGGAUUGAUUGAUCAAAUGAUUGAUAAAACAAAAGUGGAGAAAUCUGAAGCCAAAGCUACAGAGCUGGAAAAAAAACUGGAUUCAGAGUUAACAGCCCGACAUGAACUGCAGGUAGAAAUGAAAAAGAUGGAAAGUGAUUUUGAACAGAAACUUCAGGAUCUUCAGGGAGAAAGGGAUUCACUGGAUUCAGAAAAGCAGCAAAUUGCGACCGAGAAACAGGAACUGGAAGCAGAGAUGUCCCAGCUCACUGGAGAGGUUGCCAAGCUGACAAAAGAACUGGAAGAUGCCAAGAAACAAAUGGCUUCCCUCUCUGCUGCAGCUGCUUCUGUUCCUAUUAGUGCUACUGUUCCCCCUGCCCCACCCCCACCUCCUCUUCCCGGAAGCAGUACCAUUCCUCCUCCCCCACCACCUCCUCCUUUACCUGGGGGUGUUGCCAUCCCCACAGCCCCUCCUUUGCCUGGAAGUACUUCUGUUCCCCCACCCCCUCCUUUACCUGGGGGUGCUGCCAUCCCCCCACCUCCUCCUUUACCUGGGGGUGCUGCCAUCCCCCCACCUCCUCCUUUACCUGGGGGUGCUGCCAUCCCCCCACCCCCUCCUUUACCUGGGGGUGCUGCCAUCCCCCCACCUCCUCCUUUACCUGGGAGUGCUGCCAUCCCCCCACCUCCUCCUUUACCUGGGGGUGCUGCCAUCCCCCCACCCCCUCCUUUGCCUGGAGGUGCUGCCAUCCCCCCACCUCCUCCUCCUUUACCCGGAGGACCUGGAAUACCCCCUCCUCCUCCCCCUCUUCCUGGUGGUCCUGGAAUUCCUCCACCCCCUCCAUUUCCUGGAGGCCCUGGAAUUCCUCCACCUCCACCUGGAUUGGGUGUGCCUCCCCCUCCACCUUUUGGGUUGGGUGUGCCUGCAGUCCCAGCUCUGCCAUUUGGAUUAGCUCCCAAAAAAGUUUAUAAGCCAGAAGUACAACUCCGGAGGCCAAACUGGUCCAAGUUUGUAGCUGAGGACCUUUCCCAGGACUGCUUCUGGACCAAGGUGAAGGAAGACCGCUUUGAGAACAGUGAACUUUUUGCCAAGCUGACCCUCACCUUCUCUGCCCAGACCAAGACUUCCAAAGCCAAGAAAGACCAGGAAGGUGGAGAAGAGAAAAAAUCUGUACAGAAGAAAAAAGUCAAAGAGUUAAAGGUGUUGGACUCCAAAACAGCUCAGAAUCUCUCCAUCUUUCUGGGGUCCUUCCGCAUGCCCUACCAAGAGAUCAAGAAUGUUGUCCUGGAGGUGAAUGAGGCUGUUCUUACUGAGUCCAUGAUCCAGAACCUCAUUAAGCAGAUGCCAGAGCCAGAGCAGUUGAAGAUGCUUUCUGAGCUCAAGGAUGAAUAUGAUGACCUGGCUGAGUCCGAGCAGUUUGGCGUGGUGAUGGGCACCGUGCCCCGUCUGCGGCCUCGCCUCAAUGCCAUUCUCUUCAAGCUGCAGUUCAAUGAGCAGGUGGAGAACAUCAAGCCAGAGAUUGUGUCUGUCACUGCUGCAUGUGAAGAGCUGCGCAAGAGCAACAGCUUCUCCAGUCUUCUGGAGCUUACCCUGCUGGUAGGAAACUACAUGAACGCUGGCUCCAGGAACGCUGGGGCUUUUGGCUUCAACAUCAGCUUCCUCUGUAAGCUCCGGGACACGAAGUCCACAGAUCAGAAGAUGACACUGCUACACUUUUUGGCCGAAUUGUGUGAGAAUCAGUAUCCUGAUGUCCUCAAGUUUCCAGAUGAGCUGGCCCAUGUGGAGAAAGCCAGCCGAGUUUCUGCUGAGAACUUGCAAAAGAACCUUGAUCAGAUGAAGAAACAGAUUGCUGACGUGGAAAGGGAUGUUCAGAAUUUUCCAGCUGCCACAGAUGAAAAAGACAAGUUUGUUGAGAAGAUGACUAGCUUUGUGAAAGAUGCGCAGGAACAGUACAAUAAGCUGCGAAUGAUGCAUUCCAACAUGGAAAACCUCUAUAAGGAGCUAGGUGACUACUUCCUCUUUGACCCCAAGAAGUUGUCUGUGGAAGAAUUCUUCAUGGACCUGCACAACUUUAAAAAUAUGUUUUUGCAAGCGGUCAAGGAGAACCAGAAGCGGCGAGAGACAGAAGAAAAGAUGCACCGAGCCAAACUAGCCAAGGAGAAGGCAGAGAAAGAGCGGCUGGAGAAGCAGCAGAAGAGAGAGCAACUCAUCGACAUGAAUGCAGAGGGUGAUGAGACAGGUGUGAUGGACAGCCUUCUAGAAGCCCUGCAGUCUGGGGCCGCAUUCCGGCGUAAGAGAGGCCCUCGCCAGGGCAACAGGAAGACCGGCUGUGCAGUCACAUCUGUGCUAGCUUCAGCGCUGACCAAGGAGGACGCCAUGACUGCCGUUCCAGCCAAGCUGCCCAAGACCAGCGAGGGCGCACUCACCAUCCAUGAGGAAGCCAAGGAGUUGGUUGGCCGUGCAAGCUAGGCUGGGGCCCAGGGCCACAGCAGCUCCGACUGCGGCCUGCCCUGCAGCAGGUGCCUAGGGGGUCACAGGGGCCACUCCCGCCAUCCUGACCCAGUCUCUCUCUGGCCUGCUGCCCUCUGAACGUUACAGCUUCUGUGGCCGGGAGGAAAGGGUGGCCUGAGGGAGGCCUGGGCCCAGCCCGGCCAGCCCUGGCUGCUCUCUUACCAAAGCAGGGUCUGUGUUAGCUGCCUUAACCCUGUCUCUCCUGUUACUCAGAGGGCUGUGUCCUAUGAGGCCCAUCCAGCCUGCUUGCCCAGCCACAUUUCCCUUAGGUCGGUCUUGCUGAUUGGUGUUUUCUUUUGUGGUUUUUGGGCCCUGAGAACAGCAUGGAGCUUACCAACCCUUGGUCAAGGUCAUUCCUCUUUUCUGCUGUCACCUCUGCUCUUCCCCUCCCUCUCCUGGCUUUUGUUAUUUAUUAUUAGUGGUGUGACACUGGGAAGUGGGCAGCAAAUCCCACCUUGACCCCACCUUUCUGGGAAAGGCCUCCCAAAACGCAAAGGAUCUAGACCACUGGAACCAGUUCCCACAGUGGCCCGUGCCAGAGUCUGGGCAGGUAGGCUAGCGGGGCACGGUGCCCCUGAGGUGGAGCCUACCUCCAGCCUGCCGCCCUACCUGUGCCCGCACCUCUGCACCAACCUCAAGGCUCCCCCUGCUCCCUUCCUCAGAGCAUCACCACGUGGAGUGUGGGCUGUAAUGUGACCAUCCCAACACCUCACCCACCCUUCUGUCUCCAAGGCAAUGGGAGGAGGAGCCUCCUGGCUAAGAAAUUGUUUUGCAAAUGGAUCUAUUUUUGUAUGAAAAGAGAAAAAAAAGCUGUUUUUUUAAAGAAAAACCCUUCCCUUUCCCCUCAGUCUGAGAUUCUGAUGGCAGGUUCCAGACUUCCACAAUUUUUCCCUGAAAGCCUCAGUCCUGACUGGCUGCUAAGUCUUGGCGCUGACCCUAUGCACCCUGGGGCCAAGGCAGACUGCCUCUGCCCACUCCAGCUGUGGGGCAGGAGGAGCCAAUCUGAUUGAGCUGGGCCAAGGCUAAGCACUGCAGGAGCUGCGGGGCAACCAUAUUGUAGAAAUGUAAUCAAUUUAUCAAGCCAAAUGUACGAUGCUAGCUGGGCAAGGAGGCAAAGGGGGCGCUCCUGCACACUGCACCCCCAGGCUCCCUUCUCCGGAGUGGACACAUGGAAUUGACUGGGAACCCCAGCUGCAUCCAGGAAGCUCACACAUACUUGGGGUCAGGUGGCACUUCGGUCCUCCAUGUGCCCCUUUUAGCUUCUGGUCCCCUGGCUCUGGGGGAGAACGGUACGGUUAAGAUCUGGCCCCGGGCAGCACUUAGGAAACUGGCGGGCCACCAGGAAGGAAAACUCUGCACGCCAGGAUGGCAGAGGGAUGGACAGUGGUGCAGAGGUCCGUCUGCUCCCCUGCGUCACCCCUUCUCCCUUAUCAAUCACACUUGGGGCUUUGACCCUUUCUUUUUUAAAUCUACUUUUGCUAAGAUUCAUGUAAUUAAAAAAAUAAUUAAAAAGGAGGGGACACAAAAUGUAAACCUGUUUCCCUUGCCUCUUUGGCCUUGGAGAUGUCAUCACCGCCAGUUUGUUAGGUCGUUUCCAACUGUUAAUAAAGCAUUGAAAUAGCA